UUACUACGAUAUAAACAAUCCCGAUUUGAAACAGCGGAAUAAAUUAAUAAAUACGUAUGUUAAACAUGAACAAUCUAAUGUGAUCAGUCGGAUGUUAUUUGCGUGCGUGAAAAAAUUGUAUUCUUACUAAUCAAUGAUCAAAAAAUCGUCCAAUAACUAGAAGUAUGGAAUCGUGCAAAAAACAACCAGCGACCGCCGCCGGUUCUGCUAGCCGCAGUUCGAGAGGCAAAAGACUGGAACCACGAAAAAAGCAAACAAGCGAUAAGGAUAGAGAACGAAUCGUUAAUGCAUAUUUGAAAGGAUUCGGUGCAAAAAUGAUCAGCAACAUGCUUAACAUUAAUAUCUACACCGUGUACUACAUCCUGAAGCAGUACAGAAGAACUGGCCAAGUGUUUUCCGCAGAACGUGGAGGACACAAUGCUAAAGCGUUAUCAGACGACGUUGCGCAAAGUAUUCGCCAGUGGUUUGAAGAGGACAGCACACUGAGGCCGAAGCAACUGACCCAGAAGGUGUUGGAACAGUACCAUAUACGUGUGAGUCCAUGCGCCGUUCAACGUGAGUUGAAAGACUUGCAGAAGAAGUUAUAUAAAAGCAUGCAGCCCGUUUCCAAACCGAACAGUACCAUUCAGCACAAGAAUGAUUCUAAUUGUAAUGCGACAAGAAAAGAUUCCCUUGCCAUAAAAGACUGUCUUGUAGCGAACGAAAGCACAGUAUUUAUCAAGCAGGAAUACGGCAACAGCAGUGACGAUGAUGCACAGUUAACAGAUCACAUUGACAUUGGCGAAACACAGCUAACUUACGGCAGUGGUGAUUUCAAAGAAAAAUUUGAACCUUCUAACAGCGCUCAUACCGGUAUUAGACGUCCACAUGGGACGGAAUCAGGAACACACCAUUCUGUUACAAAUGGAGCAACACAAGAUUAUGCAGAAUAUGAGGGCGAAUACACAGAGGAUCCGCUUGGAAGCAGCCCCCUCCACACCUUUCCAUCCACAACCAGGAAAAAACAGAUCCAAGCAGACGACUCGCGUAGUGUAGGAACCAAUGCGCAUACUGUGAACAACAGGAAACCAGUGGCAAGCAAUUCCGUUGCAAGGUUUAACAUUAACGGUAUUAAAGCUGUUGUCGUAGACGGCAAUUCAGUGGAUGUUCCAGCGGUUGGCAACUGUACUGCAACAAAAAAACAUUUGCAUACAUUGUCCUUGCUUCGAUAAACUGGUGAGCGAGCAGAAGAAAAUGUUGGAACAAUUUGUCGCCAGCCAACAAAAAAUCAUCAAUGAAAUGCGGGAGGCACAACAAGCUUUAGUCACCAAACUCGAAUGCAUAGAAGGUUCGCUUAAAACUAAGCAAGGGGAAUAAUAAUAAAUUAUAUAGGAUGUAUGUGUGUUUACUUUUAAUUUAUUUCAUUACACUUAUGUAACACAAUACAAACAAUAAAUGCUAACUUUACGAAACUUUUUUAACGA